UCUUACUUUCUGAUCUCUUAAACAUGAGAAACAAAACCAAUGUAAAUAAUGAAGGAUGGCAGCAGCAGCAUUUUCAGAGGAAAGCAACUACAUACUAAGCAACUUUGUUUAUUGAUGGACAUUCCGAACUCUUUGCUGUUUAAUCGUAUGUGGCAUAGUUAGGCGAAUUCAUGCCAGCUGCAACUCUCCGCUCCAUUGAUUCAACCCAGCCCGCUUAUCCCACCUUCCUAAAUGGUACCUCUCGAAGGGUGGACAUAGUGUGGCUAGAUUUUCAUGGUGCGCCGGUUGUCUACAAGACCCUGAAGCCAAGAGAAACCUUCAGAGUGACAACAUUUGUGACCCAUCCGUGGCUCUUUGUAGACGCAGACACACGUGACCGUCUUCUAGGCAGACUGAAGUACGUGUACAUGCCAGAGGCCCCUAAGUCACGACCGAUCAAGCGUGACAUUGUUAUGAUCACUGUGCCAGUGUUUCCACUACUCGCCAGGGCUCUGCAAGUUGUGCGAAACUCUCUGAAGCCUGAAAUUAAGACAAUCUGCUUCGAGUCUGAAAAGGUUCCUGAUGCGAUCAAAGGGCUGGGAUUGCCCCACACUCUACAAAUAAAAUUGAUGGCAUUCAUCAAGUCAAGUCAGGAAUUGAAACUUCCGAUUUCAAGUGAUUAGUCUUAUGUACAUUUUAUUUGCGGGCUCUGCCACCUCCACCUGGACCACCCCUACUGAGACCUCCUCGUGGACCACCGCGCUGAUUGAAACCUAUUAGAAAGUAGCGAAUUAUUUACUGUUUUGUGUAAAUGCCGGAUACAUAAAAAAAUUGAUUUUAAUUAUGCUUUACCUCCCCGCUGGAAUGCUCCUCCGCGGCCACCCCGCUGGCCACCUCUGGGCUUGUUGUCAGGGCGACCACGACCUUUGGCUACCACAUCCUCCUUGACCAUGUCGAUAACUUCGUCAGGAAUGCGCAAAUACUUAAUGGUACUGCCUCGGAUGUAGCAUUCGGGCAUCCUCCAGAAUUUAUCACCAUCCUGUAUUAAUGUAAACACCUUUGUUAAACAGCUGAUUUUUGCAUAAAUAUUGAUAUAAUUUCAAUUUGAUGAACAAAAUAUAAUAGACCUGUCUUAAGAAUAAAAAGCUUUCAAUUUAAA